CAAAUGGGUGGGCGAAUCAGAGAAAGCUGUUCGCGAAGUAUUUCGUAAAGCUCGUGCUGCUUCGCCUUCAAUAAUUUUUUUUGAUGAAAUAGACGCUCUUACAGUCAAGCGCGGUAUUAAUGGUAACGGUGGAAUCUCAGUUGCAGAUCGCGUUUUAUCGCAAUUGCUAAAUGAACUAGAUGGCAUUGAGCCAUUAAUAAAUGUGACAGUGGUAGCCGCAACAAACCGUCCAGAUAUUAUUGACAGUGCUCUCUUAAGACCUGGACGUAUCGAUCACAUAUUGUAUGUAAGCCCACCGGACUUAUUGUCUAGAAGAGAAAUCUUUCGAAUUCAACUGAGAAAAAUGGCAUGCGCCGUGGAUGUAGAUAUUGAAGAAUUAGCAACUAAAACUGAUGGAUUUUCGGGUGCUGAAAUUGUAUCAAUUUGUCAGGAGGCGGCCCUAUGCGCAAUGGACGAUGAUCUUGAAGCAAAAGAGGUGCGUUGGGAACACUUUAUGAGAGCUUUGUCAUCUUUUACACGUCGUAUUACGCCUGAGAUGAUUCAAUUCUAUGAUAAAUUUCGUCAAAAGUCUG